AUGGCCGACGAGCAGGCAGAAAAUCUUUUUCAUGCACCAGACCAGGAUGGUAUUGGCAACGGGGAUGGUUCGUCACACUAUGAUGCAAUUACGCUCAAAGCUGACGGCACAGUAGCUCAAACAGCCGAGAACUCCGAAGGCCAUGAUACCAACAAUAACGACGGAAGCCCUAGCACGGCAAGCAAUAUCACUGACCAUGCCGAGCGAUGGUGGAUGCAGACCAGUGAUAAGAAGCGCUUGUUCAUCUGCUGUGAUGGCACAUGGCAGAAUGCUUCCGGCACAACUACUCCAUUGACAAAUGUCGCCAAGUUGGCACGCGCUGUGUUUCGUUUGGGCGAGGACGACUACGAACACGCCGAUCCUGAAGAAGAGGCAAGUGUGCGCCAACUGGCGAAAACUGACCCGGACGAGCUUGGCAAUAAAGAGCCCAGAGACGAUGAAGCACAUGUCGGUCUUGUUCGCCAAGUCAUAUACUACUCCGGUGGUAUCGGUGGCCAAGCCGCGCUGAACGUCGAACGUGGCUAUUCGGGACUGACAGGGAAAGGUCUGGAAGCGAACAUUCUGAAUGCCUAUUGCUUUAUCUGCAACAACUAUAACGGCUCUUCUGGGAAGGAUGAAAUCGUUCUUGUCGGAUUUUCUCGUGGUGCCUUCGCCGUCCGAUGUCUGGCUAACUUCAUCGAUAAGGUUGGCCUGCUUCGUCGUAAAGGCCUGACAUUUCUUCGACCUCUUUUUGAUUCUUGGAAGAGGUGGGGCCGGGCUAAUGGAGACGAUACAACCCUCGAGUCGCAAAUGAACGCGCUUAGAGAGCUUCUCAUACCGGAUGUGAAGAUUCAUAUACUUGCUGAAUGGGACUCGGUCAGCGCUAUUGGUUUGCCUCUUGGCCUGUGGAGAGAGAAGUUUUCGUUCGUUAACAAGAAAGUACCUGGAUGCGUCAAGCAUGCCUUGUUUGCCCUGGCCCUAGAUGAAAAGAGGCGAAGCUUUAAGCCGCGGCAGUGGACCGCAAAGGCUAGUCCUCAAACAGAGGUCCAACAGUGUGCAUUCGUUGGCUGCCACUCGGAUAUUGGAGGAGGGAAUGCUGAUCCCGGUCUCUCCUUGAUCUCAUUAUUCUGGAUGAUUUCAAAGAUCCAGGCUACCAGCCACGCGGCAUUCGACGACAGGACUCUGCUGCAAUUUAUGUUUCCGCAUCAACCCAAACGCUCUCUACUGGAUUGGAGAACCCCAAAGAUGGAGUUGAAGAACUUCGCUGGAAGUACAGGUGAGCCAGAUAAAGUCGCUGAAGAAUGUGACAACAGGCUGACCUUUAUGCAAGGACCGGUCCACAAAUCACUCCGUAGGUGGUGGUGUAUUCCUUGGGCCUUAUCACUCGGGCUGUUGAAUGGAAAGCGUGACAAAAUCCUCCAUAAGGGUGAGGAUGAAUGCAAGUUGGAAGUGCAUUUCACGGUGAAUCUUCUUGGCAAAAGUAGACUGAACAACGUAUAUCGAUACGACAACAGCAGUCCGCCUGCAUCUUGGUUGAAGAAAACCAACAACGAAACAGUGCUCAAAGAGGCUGUCAUAUCCAGCCAGGAAUCUAAGCUCUUGAAGGAUUGA